UUUUAAAACCAAUACUUUGUCAGCGCGUGUACACGACUCUCUGUCCAUGGCUUAAGUCGCGGUGUCAAACCGGAAGAUAUCGACAAACACAGCAUUCGAUACACCGAGCAACAGACCGCAGACCCCACCCCCGCCAGGCCAAUAGAAAACCUCAGUCUUGCUGGAAAAAUGAGUCACAAGUGAGGCAGUGUGUCCGUCGGUACCUGUGUGCGGUGGUGGUUUAGGUGGAAAGAAGAAUCACCGCUCGGUGGUUGGUGCUGCUGCUGCUGCAAUGAACACACUUCGCGAAUGGUCCCCGCUGGUGGAGCUGGUCAACAAAAUCCCAGCGUCCGUGCAGCGUGGCCUACUGUUCCACGAUGUGUCCAUCACGUGCGUUGACCUGGUGGAAGAAUUCAUCGCCCUCGGCAGUAACGUGGGGCUGGUGUUUUGGUACAACCGAAAGACCGGUACGGUGGAACGAUUAGCCACCGACAGUGGCUCACAGGAGCUUACCUGCGUGCGGAUUGCAUCGACGGUCGAGUACAUGGUGGCGGCCGGAUGCCGUGCCGGACAGGUGAACAUAUUCCAGAUCCCGAAAACACCACCACCGGACGUCUGUGCCGAGCUGCUGCUCAAAGCGAAACCCAUCGAACGGUACACGGUCCGUGGGUUGCAUCGGGCCGGCGUGUGUGAGCUGGUUUGGUCCAAGAAUGGUAUGCGGCUGUUCUCCGGGGAUACGGGCGGUUCCGUAGUGCUGACCGAGAUCGGGUACGCUACGAAAACGUGCCAAUCGCGUGAAAUCAUCAACGAACGGUACGAAAUUGUACAGAUGGAUCUGUACCGUGGGAAGCUGCUGGUUUCGAGCUCGUUCCGCACGGUCAUCUGUAGCGCGGAGGAGGAGCCGGAAGGUGGACAACGGUGGCGGGUAGCACAGGUUGGCAAGAAGGAUCGGAAAAUGUUGGCACCGUUCGGUGCCGUCUUUGCAACGGUGCACGGCAAGCAACAACUCGUGUCCACACGUUCCGGCUUUCGGCUGUGGUUGGCCGAUGACGAGGGUAACGUCGCGCAGACGCUUAUAUUUAAAGAGCUAAUGCGCGCACCGUAUCCGGAGAUAGGGCUGCUCAACCCGAGCCGCAAUCCGAUCCGGAUACCGACCACCUUCGGGAAGCUGUACCCGUUCGAGGAUCGCCGGAUCGUUACGGUCGCCAACGGUGCGUUGUUCCUGCUCGAUCUCGAGCGAAUGGCGGUGGUGGGCGGUUUAACACGGCUCCGUCACAUACUGGACGUGGCCGUCGAUCGUAACGAAAUACUCAUCGUGGAAAGUGGCCGCUCGCUGGUGCGGAUUGCCACCCUGCCGGAUAGCAGCCAGUCGACGAUUGUGCUGAAAAAUCUGGAACUGUUCGUUAGCGCGGAAUCGCAAAUUGUACAGGCGGACGAGUGUUGCGAGGAAGCGCCCGCGGAACUGCUGGUACACAAUGGCGAAUCGCCUGGCAGCUCACUACCGGGCGAUGAUCGAAUCGAUCAGGUGGACGGUGGAAUGGAAGACGAUGCGCGGCUUAUCGACAGUCACAUGAAGAAGCUGGAACUGUUCGACACGCUGAACGAGCUGAAGUACGACGAAUCGAUUCUGUUCAAGAGUGGGCGCAGUCGGCGAAAGCACCGCUCGAAGGUGACGAACCCAAUCGUCGAGAUAGGACAGAUCCCGAAAGAGAUAGAGCCGGACAGUGGUGAACCUUCCGGCAGCUAGGACACCCUCUGGUGGACCAAGGGGGUUAGAAUUUAUAUAAUUACGCUUAUUACUUAGGAAUGCGAACGUGGCGAAAGGAAACGUGGGUGCUUUUUUGUUUCGCUAAAGUGUGUGUCCUUGUGGUUGCUACCAAAAACCUAACGAAAAAUUGCAAACGAAUCGGUCUCUCUCCUUCUUUUUUUAGCUGCAUCAUGACACACCGCGAAAGGAAACUUUUACACAUUCCUUGGUAGGGAUUUCUCGUCCUUUUUUUUCGCUCAACAAGCGUUAGGCCGUUAAGCAUAUUAUGGUACCAUGUUAGUUCUGUUAACGACACGCCCGGGUGCACUUACGGCACACGCACGCAAACACAUCACACGCCGAUCGAUUGUUACUCAUUUUAGUGUAAAUUUUGUUUGUUCAAGUUAUUCUGUGUUUAGUCGCGGCUCUGUCUAUUGCUCCAAACGCGGCACGCGCUAAUUGUGAUUGAAUAUUCUAAUAGCAGACGAAUAAACUAUUUUGUUAUGCUCUGGUGCACGUCCAACGUAA